AUGCACGCCGUGGCCUGGUUCCUGGGAGGUAAAGCCACGACCUGCGGCCCGACCGAGGAAGGCGUGACGCUGGACGGCGGCACGGCUGCGGGCUUCCCGUUUGCUGCCGCCAGCCUGGAAAGCUGCUGCGCGACGUGCAGGGCCAGCCCCGAGUGCGGCGCCUUCUCCUUUGUGGGCUUCAAGAACUUCCCCUCGGGCAUCUGCAACAUGAGGAAGGACGGCUGGGUGCGGGUGCCGGACCCUUUCGAGCGGCCAGACAACCUGCUGCCAACUUACUCGGUCGUGCUGAGCUCCACCCAGCCCAGCACCGUGGUGGACUUUGCCGCACGGCAGGGCGACGACCUGAUGCUCAGAUGCGGGUCUGGCACCAUCCAGCAGGUCACGGGGGCAGACUACGGCACGUUCAGCGUCGAGGACUGCUGGGCAAGCGGCGUGACGAAGCUGAACAGCACUUGUGCGGGCAAGGGCCUCACCACGUGCGGGCCCAUCCCAUGCAGCGCCGCAACCUUUGGAGAGCCGUGCGCGGAAGGGGGAAAACAUUGCUACGUGCAAUUCGAGUAA